AUGGUGGAACCAGCGAGCCGAUGGCAACCACGGACCGAAGACAGCGAUCGGCGUCUUGCGAUCGAGCUUACGUCCUCACGGAAGAACGAUCUCGAAAAGGCAAACCGCCUAGUUUCUCAAAUAUUGGAAGACGCGAACGGCGAGAGCGACAUCGACAGCGACCGAGACGUAUGCGACGAAGCAACAACGAUAUUGUAUAGUGCAUGCACAGAAACC